GAACCCGAACCCGAACCCGAACCCGAACCCGAACCCGAACCCGAACCCGAACCCGAACCCGAACCCGAACCCGAACCCGAACCCGAACCCGAACCCGAACCCGAACCCGAACCCGAACCCGAACCCGAACCCGAACCCGAACCCGAACCCGAACCCGAACCCGAACCCGAACCCGAACCCGAACCCGAACCCGAACCCGAACCCGAACCCGAACCCGAACCCGAACCCGAACCCGAACCCGAACCCGAACCCGAACCCGAACCCGAACCCGAACCCGAACCCGAACCCGAACCCGAACCCGAACCCGAACCCGAACCCGAACCCGAACCCGAACCCGAACCCGAACCCGAACCCGAACCCGAACCCGAACCCGAACCCGAACCCGAACCCGAACCCGAACCCGAACCCGAACCCGAACCCGAACCCGAACCCGAACCCGAACCCGAACCCGAACCCGAACCCGAACCCGAACCCGAACCCGAACCCGAACCCGAACCCGAACCCGAACCCGAACCCGAACCCGAACCCGAACCCGAACCCGAACCCGAACCCGAACCCGAACCCGAACCCGAACCCGAACCCGAACCCGAACCCGAACCCGAACCCGAACCCGAACCCGAACCCGAACCCGAACCCGAACCCGAACCCGAACCCGAACCCGAACCCGAACCCGAACCCGAACCCGAACCCGAACCCGAACCCGAACCCGAACCCGAACCCGAACCCGAACCCGAACCCGAACCCGAACCCGAACCCGAACCCGAACCCGAACCCGAACCCGAACCCGAACCCGAACCCGAACCCGAACCCGAACCCGAACCCGAACCCGAACCCGAACCCGAACCCGAACCCGAACCCGAACCCGAACCCGAACCCGAACCCGAACCCGAACCCGAACCCGAACCCGAACCCGAACCCGAACCCGAACCCGAACCCGAACCCGAACCCGAACCCGAACCCGAACCCGAACCCGAACCCGAACCCGAACCCGAACCCGAACCCGAACCCGAACCCGAACCCGAACCCGAACCCGAACCCGAACCCGAACCCGAACCCGAACCCGAACCCGAACCCGAACCCGAACCCGAACCCGAACCCGAACCCGAACCCGAACCCGAACCCGAACCCGAACCCGAACCC